AUGUCAUUGAGAAAUGUUCCGGAUGUGGAUAUAGAUCCGGAAGGUGUAUUUAAAUACAUAAUGAUUAAGGUCACUGCAAAACAAACAAGCGAGGAGAAAAUGAUCGUUCGAGGUUAUAAACAUUGUAAAUGGCACAAAAAUAUUUUUAAACAAACUGAAAAGGAAAUUGGCGCUUCUUUUUCAUUGAAAUGCGUUGGUGGUGGACGUAUAAUGCAUGAACCUCAAAAGAAAAGUCUUUUUGUUUAUGGCUAUUCACAGAGAUAUGGUCCGGCAAAACACGAACAGACGGUCAAUUUACUACAGAAGAAGUAUCCAGAAUAUAAAAUUACAUAUUCAUAUGAAGGAUAUUGA